UUGACCAUCAAGAUUUAGAUUAUAGCUAAUUGAACGGGUCAGCUGAGUGACAUGCGUUCGAAUCACAUGAAGUACUUGAACCUCUUGCAGACCAUUGUAGGACCUGUCCCAAUAAUUGGGUAUAACUGUAGGACAAAGGACUCUAUAUGUACCUGAUGACUAGACUAGACAAAGAGCCUCAAAUACCUAAACAAAACAAAAUUAUUAACUAACAUUAGGCUAUAGCUAGUUUCAGUAUAAAAGUUCUAUAAAGUUCAAGAGCCAGCAUACCAUGUACUUGCUCAACUACUGGUCCCAAUUGUCAAUCAUGGCCAUCUCUUUCUACAACAUUCCAACUUCAUUUACAUCUCCAAAUGCUCAUAUUAUUCUCUUCUCCUCCUCUUUUUUCUUCUUUCUUCUUCCCUUGGCAAGUUCAGUUUAUUUCCAGAUACCUCGCUUUGAUCCUGAUGCAACCAACAUAGUCUAUGAAGGAGAUGCAGUACCUUCUGUUGGAGCCAUUGAAUUCAACAAAAUCAAUUAUCUCUGUCGUGUUGGCUGGGCCACCUAUGCAGAGAGUGUGCGGCUCUGGGACUCCAACACUGGAAAGGUCUCUGACUUCACCACCCAUUUCUCCUUCAUCAUCAAUACCCAAGGGCUUAGCAACUAUGGUCACGGGAUUGCAUUCUUCCUUGCUCCUGUUGAUUUCCAUAUCCCACCAAACUCGGCAGGUGGCUUCCUAGGACUGUUCAAUACCACAACUAGUGAUUCAUCCCGGAACCAAAUAGUUGUGGUCGAGUUCGAUUCCUUUCCAAAUCCUGAAUGGGAUCCUUCAUAUGAGCAUGUUGGGAUCAAUAACAAUUCCAUUGCAUCGGCCAUUACCACCCCUUGGAAUGCUAGCUUGCAUAGUGGAGAUACAGCCGAUGCUUGGAUUACUUACAAUGCCACUACUAAGAAUUUGAGUGUGUUUUGGUCCUACCAGGUAAACCCUAAUUUUCAAGGGAAUUCAAGUCUUUCUUAUCAAAUUGACCUAAAGGAGGUUCUACCAGAGUGGGUCAAGGUUGGAUUUGCAGCUGCUACCGGUCGGAAUGUAGAGCGUCACACGCUUGAAUCAUGGGAGUUUAGGUCAAGUUUGGAUACAAAAGACACAAGCACAAAGAUUGGGAAAAAGAUUGGAUUAACAGUAGGCCUAACAGUUUCAGUGGGUGUUUUGAUUUUGGGGGGGAUCAUAACAUCUAUAAUUUUGUGGAAAAGGAGACAUAAUAGAAGGGAAACAGCGGAGUCGACUAACUUGACAUCGAUCAAUGAUGAUCUUGAAAGAGGUGCCGGACCAAGAAGGUUCUCUUACAUAGAUCUUGUUUCGGCUACUAACAACUUCUCUGGCCAAAGAAAAUUGGGAGAAGGAGGAUUUGGUUGCGUUUACAAGGGGUACUUUAGUGAUUUAGAUAUGACUGUAGCUGUGAAGAAAAUCUCAAGAGGGUCUAAACAAGGGAAAAAGGAGUACAUAACCGAGGUGAAGACUAUAAGCCAACUGAGACACCGGAAUUUGGUGCAGCUCAUGGGUUGGUGCCAUGACAAAGGUGAGUUUCUUCUUGUCUAUGAGUUUAUGCCAAAUGGAAGCCUUGACGCUCACCUCUUUGGCAAGAAGAGUCCUCUCACUUGGGCCUUGAGACACAAGAUAGCUCUUGGUUUGGCCUCUGCAUUGCUCUAUCUACAUGAGGAAUGGGAGCAAUGUGUGGUCCAUCGGGAUAUCAAGUCGAGCAAUAUAAUGCUAGAUUCAAACUUCAAUGUCAAGCUUGGAGACUUUGGCUUAGCUCGUCUUAUGGACCAUGAAUUAGGCCCCCAAACAACCGGUUUGGCUGGAACUUUAGGCUACUUGGCACCAGAAUACAUAAGUACAGGCAAGGCAAGUAAAGAGUCCGAUGUUUUUAGCUUCGGGGUGGUUAUAUUAGAAAUUGCUGCUGGGAGAAAAUCGGUAGAUCCCAGAUAUGAAGAGUCUCUGACUGGGUUAGUGGAGUGGAUUUGGGAGCUCUAUGGAAGAGGGCAACUUCUUUCAGCUGUAGAUGAGAAGAUUAAUAUGAAUUUUGAGGUGAAGCAGGCAGAGUGUUUGAUGAUUGUUGGCCUGUGGUGUGCUCAUCCUGACCGAAGUCUGAGGCCAUCAAUAAGGCAAGCUAUUCAAGUGCUUCAUUUUGAGGCAGCAAUGCCAAAUCUUCCAAUGAAGAUGCCAGUUCCCAUGUAUAACCUACCUAGUACAUCAACAAUUAGCACUGAUGGGGCCUCGAUAACCUACACAAGCAUGGAGAUGGGUCGUUGA